AUGGUUAGUGCCACAGCCAUGCCUUACAGUCAGAGCCUUUCUAUAUAUAAGGGAACAUCAACUCAGUUUGUAAGGAAGAAUGGCUUACAGUUAAGACUUAUUGUGGUUGAGGACAUGAUGGACAUUCACUGUCUGAUUUUGCACCUUCUCCUGUCAUGCCUCAUUUUGACUUUGUACACCAACCAACAAGCCUGCAGGCUCCAUGUCUCUGAGACAGAGGGGAUUUUUCAACCUGGAAAUGUAAUGUUGGGGGGAUUGUUCCCUGUUCAUAUUGACAAAGAGUAUCAGCCUGUGUCCUUCAGUGAAAAACCUCCUGGUAUCAACUGUACAACAUUUCACUUUGAGAAUUUUCAGCAGCUCCAGGCAAUGAUAUUUGCUGUGAAUGAGAUAAACAGAAACCCCGAUAUUCUUCCCAAUAUCACCCUGGGGUUUCAGGCUUAUGAUUCCUGUGAUGUGUUACAGCAGGACUUAGAAGGAACAUUACAGGUCUUAACGGGACUCACUGGAGCCAUUUCCAAUUACAGAUGUCUGGAACAUACCCCUCUCGCUGCUGUUAUUGGUGCUUCUAGCUCAACACACUCAAUUUUAAUGGCUCAUGUGCUAAGCCUUUAUAGAUAUCCUCAGGUCAGCUAUUUCUCAACAAGCCCUCUCCUCAGCAACCAUAAAAUGUUCCCCUCCUUCUUUAGGACUGUCCCCAGUGAUGCCUUUCAGUCACAAGGGUUGGCAAAGUUGGUGCUGCAUUUUGGAUGGACCUGGGUGGGUUUAUUGGCAGCAGACAAUGACUAUGGUCAGCAAGGCAUUCAGUUGGUAAAACAAGAAAUAAUCAAGACUGGAGCAUGUGUGGCCUUCACAGAGUCCAUACUUACAAGUCAACCUGACCGAAAUGCUUGGCAUAUUGUUAAGGUCAUGAAAGAGUCAACAGCCACAGCUAUAGUUGUCUUCUCCUCAAUUAUUAAUUUGGUUCCUAUUUUAGAAGAGAUGCUCACACAAAAUAUUACCAAGAAAAUAUUGGUUGCCAGUGAAGCAUGGUCCACUUCCACCCUGUUUUCUGAUGGAAAGUUCUCAGAGAUUCUUUCAGGAACCAUUGGUUUGGCCCUAUAUAGUGGAAGAAUUCCAGGGUUUGGAGAGUUCAUUAAUAAAAUCCACCCUUCUGUAUCUUUAGGGCAAUACUGGGUAAAGCUUCUUUGGGAGAAAUCUUUCAAAUGCAAAUUCCAGAAUGAGAGAAACCUCACAGGUGUAUCAGCAGAUCCCAUUAAAACGUGCACUGGGGAGGAACUUCUAGGAAAUAUUGAAAAUAGCUUCAACGAUGUUUCCAGUUUAAGAGUUACUUACAAUGUUUACGUUGCUGUACAUGCUGUAGCCAGGGCCUUAGAAGAUUUAAGCAACUGUAUUUCAGAAAGAAGUAUAUUCUCCCAUCAGAAGUGCCCCAGUAUUUUCAACUUUACAUCAUGGCAGCUAUUACAGUAUAUGAAGAAGGUUACGAUUCCACUGAGCAGUGGAAGAAAGCUUAUAUUUGAUGAGAAUGGUGAUCCACCAGCAGUCUAUGAUAUUGUAAACUGGAAAGUGAGGUCAGAUGGCUCCAUGAAACAAGUCAAUGUAGGCAGUUAUGACAUCACUGGAUCAUUUGGUCAUGUAUUCUCAGUCAAUAUGAGCUCCAUAUCCUGGGCUACUGGAGACCAGCAGGUCCCUCUCUCUGUCUGUAGCCAGAGCUGCCCCCCGGGUUUCAGAAAGGCAACAUUAAGAGAAAAGCCAGCCUGCUGCUUCCAGUGUAUCCCAUGUCCCCAAGGAGAGAUCUCCAACCAUACAGAUUCUGUUGAUUGCUUCAAGUGUUCAUGGGACAAAUGGCCUAACUUACAGAAGUCUAAAUGUCUCCAAAAGAACAUAGAAUAUCUAUCUUAUGAAGAUCCUUUGGGGGCAGGUCUAGCAGCUACAGGCACUGCAUCAUUUUGGGUUCCUGUUCUUAUUUUGAAAAUCUUCAUAAAAUACAGAACAACCCCUAUAGUGAAAGCUAACAAUUAUCAUCUAAGUUGCCUUCUUCUGCUGUGCCUGCCACUCUGCUUCCUCAGCUCUUUGGCUUUCAUAGGCUUCCCUCAGUCCGAGAAAUGUCUUCUGCGCCAAGUUGCAUUCGGCUUGGUCUUUACUCUCUGCGUCUCUUGUAUUCUGGCCAAAACCAUUAUGGUUGUUUUUGCCUUUAUGGCCACCAAACCGGGCAGCAAACUGAAGAGAUGGACGAAUCCUUAUGUUUCCUACGUAAUUAUUUUUAUUUGUUUUGCCUUACAAUUUAUCUUAUGUAUUUCAUGGUUAUUAAAGGAACCUCCUUUUCCAGAGUAUAAUAUUGAAACCAAACCUGGAAUUAUUAUCAUUGAAUGUAACAAUGGCUCUGGCACAGCUUUCUGGUGUAUGUUAGGAUAUCUUGGUCUUUUGGCCACUGCAAGCUUUGUUGUUGCUUUCCUUGCCAGGAGGCUCCCUGACACAUUUAAUGAGGCCAAGUUCAUCACCUUUAGCAUGCUGGCCUUUCUCAGUGUCUGGGUCUCCUUCAUCCCAGCAUCUCUUAGCGCACAAGGCAAAUAUACUGAGGCAAUGGAGAUCUUUGCAAUUCUGUCUUCAACUUGGGCCUUAGUAGUGUGUAUUUUCCUUCCCAAAUGUUUUAUUAUAUUGUUUAGACCCAACAUUAAUUCAAAGAGAGAACUCAUGAAGAAAAGCAGGGCUCAUUUUUAA